AUGCCACCCCUCGCAACGCCCAAGUUCCCCUUCCGGGACAUCAACCUCAGGGUUACCAGCGAUGCCUAUACGUUCACCUCGCCAUCAUCUCCAGACGUACCUGCGCUGGUAAUUGACCGUCCCGCUGGUGAUAUACGCCUCAGCGACUCUAGCCCGCAAGCUGCCAAGCGGGCGACUCGAGUGUCGAGCAUCGCCGGCAUCCUCGGCAUCAUCCAGCUGAGACUCGACAGAUAUGUCAUCGUUGUCAACAAGGCUCAACCCGUGGGCCGCCUCAAGGGCCACAUGGUGUACAAGCUUGUCGCCGCGGAGAUCCUUCCCAUGCGUGAACGCCAGAUCCACGAUCCCGACGAGGAUACCUUCAUCAGCCUUCUCGACAGCUUCCUUCAACGGGGACCAAUGUACUUUUCGUACUCAAUCGACCUGACCAAUUCGUUCCAGCGCCAGUCGCAAGCCGAUAUCGCCAGCCCCCUCUGGAUGCGAGCUGACGAUCGAUUCUUCUUCAACAAGCACCUCCAGUCAGACAUGAUGGACUUCCGUACCCGAGGCUCCAGAAGCCAACCAGGAAAGCAGACCGCCAUUGACCCAUACAUCCUCCCCUGCAUCUUCGGCAUGCUUGAGAUCAAGCCCACCAAAUUCAAGGACACUCCCCUGACAAUCAUUAUUAUUUCUCGCCGGUCAAGAUAUCGUGGCGGAACCCGAUACUUCACCAGAGGUCUGGACGAGGAUGGCAAUGCUGCUAAUUACAACGAGACGGAGCAAGUAAUUGUCCUCAACGACAGUAGUUCGGGCUUAGGAGGCUACGUCGGCAGCAGCGAUAUGCAGAGCGGCAAGCUUGGCAGCGGCCCUGGUCAGGAAAUGCAAAUCAUGUCCUACGUGCAGACUCGUGGCAGCGUUCCUACCUACUGGUCCGAAAUCAACAGCCUCAAGUACACGCCAAAGAUCCAGGUCCGCGGCACGGAAGCUGCGCUAGCCGCUUCGAGGAAGCAUUUUGACGAGCAGAUUCGCAUCUAUGGCGACAAUUACCUUGUCAACCUGGUCAACUCCAAAGGCAGAGAAUGCAAAGUCAAGGACUCAUAUGAGCAAAUGUUUCGCUCCCUUGUCACGACGCCCAAAGAGCGUCGUGAAGCCGACACACUCACCGACGAGAAGUUCCACACCAUCCAACCCGGAUCAACAAACCAGGAAUUUGACCGUCUGCACUACGUCUACUUCGACUACCACGCCGAAACAAAGGGCAUGAAGAUGCACAGAGCGUACGCCAUCACAGAAAGGCUGCGCGAGGAGUUGAUAACCCAGGGCUACUUCCGGGGCGUCGACAUGCCCGCCAGCGUGGACGGCAAGGUUGACGCACGCAGCCUCCAGACCAGUGUCAUGCGUACCAACUGCAUGGAUUGCUUGGAUCGGACCAACGUCGUGCAGAGCAUCUUUGGCCGCUACACCCUCAACCGCAUCUUCGAGGAGCUGGGUCUGAUGCCACGCGGCGCUCAGUUUCGCGACCAAGAUCCAGCUUUCGAGGUCGUCUUCCGCAACAUCUGGGCUGACAACGCCGACGUCGUUUCCACCGCGUAUUCCGGCACCGGCGCCAUGAAGACAGAUGUCACUCGCACAGGAAAGCGAACCAAGCUGGGAGCCAUGCAGGACGGCCGCAUCGGCCUCACCAGAUACUUCCUCAACAACUUCCGCGACGGACCUCGUCAAGAUUCGUUUGAUCUUUUCCUCGGCGCCUACGAUCCCAGCGCCACCAACAUGGCUACCAGCCUCAUCUUCGUCGACAGGCGGCCUACUCUCAUCCAGGCCAUCCCCUACGUGCUCGCCUUUAGUAUUUUCAUCGUCCUUGUCGCCAUGGUCACAAAGCGAGCGCCGGAUGCCAAGGCCCUCCCCAUGCGACUCUUCAUUCUGUUCUGGAGUGCUGUCGCAGCGUGGUGCUUCCACUUUGUCUGGACCCAUGGCAUGCUCUACGUCAAUUGGCCGCGUCUGAAUCCCCGUCCCUUCGCCGUCGACGGCUACACAGAGCACUACAACAAAGCGCGCAAAGACGCCAUCAUUGGCACAUUUGUCGCCCGCCACGAGAGGGGUCUCAGCACGGCGAGAUAUCUUAAUGCGGAGGAGGGCAAGAAGAGGAUUGAGUAG